UGCUGCUCGGCAACUGGCUGAACUCUGGGAAGUUUGGCCAAGUUUAGCCCAACAAGCUAGCAGCAGGAAAAGACGGCGAGACCUCCACAGCCAAAAACUUGCCUUUUUUUUUUUUUUUUUUUUUGGUGGCGUAAAAAAGUUCCAAUCAGACGGAACCUCGCACCACGCAGGAAACUGCUAACAGCUCCCCAUGGAUUUAACGCGUUUUUCCUCACGUCACUCGCCCGAACCGGGGCGUUAGGCAACUUUUGGAGGAAAGUUGUGAUUGUUUUUUUUUUUUUUUGGCGCUCGAGGAAAGAUGGAGGCUCUGCUCGUGUAGCGGCAGGCUAAAGCUAAUGUUAGCUGGCGUCGUCCGGGCGUCAGUCGGAGGGAAUUUCCGACACUAUUGGACGCCACUUUGACUGCUGUGUGUCUCUGUAUGUGCUGCUCUGACCAACAUCACUGUGAGGCGUGACGAAGGUAGCGUGCUGAUGACCGUCAUUGGACCUCUGGCCAUGGAGGAAGACCUUAGAUGUGCGAGGGUGCAGUGAGGAAUCAUGGGUAGCUGCUCAAGCUGUCCAGAGAAAGAGUUGAUCCCAGAUAAUCAUCAGAGUAAAUUCAAGGUGAUCAAUGUGGACGAUGAUGGGAAUGAGCUGGGCUCUGGCGUAAUGGAGCUGACCGACGCCGAGCUGGUCCUUCACACGCAUCGCCGCGACGACGUCAAGUGGCCUUACCUGUGCCUGCGUCGCUAUGGCUACGACUCCAACCUGUUCUCCUUUGAGAGCGGGCGCCGCUGUCAGACCGGCCAAGGCAUUUUUGCUUUCAAAUGUUCCCGGGCUGAAGAAAUCUUCAACAUGCUGCAGGAAGUGAUGCACAGUCACAGCAUCAGUGUUGUGGAGGAGGCAGUGCUGGAACCCAACCACCAGGGGGCACUCUCUCCUGCAGGUACACACAGUGAGAUGACUAAAGUGACGUGUUUUUGGAAUAGUUUCUUCAAGUUUUUGUGUGUAUGUGUGUCAGCUUUGGGAUAUUCGGUUCCGACGGUCCCGAACGGCGUGUCCAACAGGAUCCCGUCGGUGGGCGACGUGCCGUCUCACCCCUCCAGCCGACACCCGUCUGUGGCCAGCACGCGUCUUCCGUCAGUGGGAGAAGAGUCCACACACCCCCUGUUAGUGGCUGACGACAAUGUGCACACGUACGUCAACACGACAGGUCUCCUGGAGGAGCAGCCUAGCCCGCUGACUGUCACCACGCCGCUGGAGAGCCCCACCUCCCCCCAGGCCUGCUGCCCGCCCACUCCACCGCCUCCUCCCCGGGUUAGCGUCGACGUGCCGCCUCUCCAGGAGCCCCAGGUGCUGCUGGAGCCCCAGGGCGUGCGCUUUGUGCUGGGCCCCACCCCCGUUCAGAGGCGGCAGCAGGAGGCCGGUGAGACUGAGGUGACCAAUGGUCACGCCGCUCCUGACGAGCCGCCUGCCGCGCCAUCCGCCGCCCACUCCAAUGGCUCGUCAACCAAUUCGGCUGCAGCUCCUCGCCGCCACCGCCCACCCCCGCUAACCCCUGACUUGCAGAAUGUCAACAACUCGGCGCAGCGCCGCACGGCCCUGCUGGACUAUGAAAACCUUCCAGCGCUCCCGCCUGUUUGGGAGGCCAGGAAGUCAAGCUGGGAGGAUGAGGAGAGCGGAAGCCUGAAGACGCCAUCACUCAAUGGCUUCAACCAUCCGCACCAUUGCUGCCCCCUUCCGCUUUCCGCUGCCUUGGAGCCCUCGCACAACUACGUCAACACGGAGAAUGUGACGGCUCCGCUGAGCGCGCAUCGACCUGACACGGCUCGCCGCCGCACUGACGGACCCACAAUUUUCAACUUUGACUUCCGCCGGCCAACGGGUUACACCGAGCCGCCCAAGACGCUCAAUUACAUCGAAGUGGAGAUGGACAACGGAGGCGGAAACAGAGGGGCCUCAGACGGCAGCAACCCCCACACACCACGCACCCCCACCUCGCCGAUGCCCCCGACGACCCCCACGCGGCGCACAGAGCUGUACGCCCUCAUCGACAUCGAGCGCACGGCCGCCAUGUCCAACCUCCAGAGGGCGCGGCCACGAGACGACGGCACGUCACGUAAAACGCGGCACAACAGCACCGAGCUACCCACCAAAAGCGCUGCGUGACUCCGCCCCCUCAUGGGACUUCCCGUGGCGCACUUGCCACUGACAGACGUUUAUUGUUGAGGUCAGGUGACCCAACGAACGAGAGCAUUCCUCUUCUUCUAUGGUACAAAUCAGUAUUACUGAAGCAAGCAUUCCAUUGAGCGACUCGCGCUGCUGUAACUUCCUGGUACACAACUUCCUGUUUUGAUUCCACCACAAUAAAAGUAUCUUGUUUGUAUUUCA